GCGCAAUGUAGUUUCUCGUCUAUCCUUGACGCGGGAGCAUCUCUUUUCGAAAGCGCGCUCUCUCCUGCAUCACCCACUCCUGGCUACCCGCUGUUUUUAGUCAAUCAUCAUCAUCCGACGGAAUAGCCCUGUUGUAGCGCUAUAGCUGUGGCGUUAGGAUGAUCGGCCGUGAUUGAUCAUUUCAACUGAUUAGCUUCUCAGUCGAUAUACGUCACUUUGGUGUGGUCAGCUGAGUGUCGAAAAUUUGACCUGUGGAACUCCAGUGCUGACGGCUUAAUGCAUUUAUAAUAAACCCCUUGAAUUAUCUGACAAGUGUGAUGAUAAAUACUUUUUUCAAUUUUCAUCAUUCGUUGAAUGAACACGGUAAAAGAUUAUCCUCUAUCUCCGAGUUGUGAGGAAUGGGCUAAAUGAUUGUUCGUGUAAAAAGUCUUUUUUGUGCUUCAGUGAUAUCCAUCAUGUGGUCAAAAACUUGAUUAAUCCGUCCGUCAUUUUCGUCGCUAGGACAUUCUAAUAAAAAUAGUGAAUCGUAAUCAGUUAUUGGAAUAUCAAGAGCCUUGUCUUGAAUAGUAAUGUCUCUGGAUUGAACAUAUGGAUGAGAAAGUGUUUGUGAUUGUGACAGCUGAGAAUAUUCGCAAUUACAAGUUUCCAGAAGCAGUGAACGACAUCAUGUUGACCAUUUUGAAGUGCUCGUAAAAUAGAAGAGCGUCAGCUGCAUGAUGUUACCAUUGGAAAUUGACGACUUUCCCUGCAGAUUGUUCUACGAACUAGUAACACAUCGAUUGGAGGACAAAUACAUCGGCCGAAAAUGCGAGUGAGAUAAUAUCCGAGAAUGUAAGAGUUAUCGCUAGGAACAAGCGAUGUCUACCUCUCUUCCCACGCUCGUCUGCUGUAUCAUUUAUUUUGGUGGUGCUGUAACAUGUCUACGCAAUUUUCGCACAGAUUUUUUAGAAGAAUGGCCAACACCCGGUACUGGGCCACAUUUCGACACUUCGAUGCCCGCUAAUUUCACUGGCCUCGUUGGUAACACCGUUGAUCUUGUUUGUAAAGUCAAAAAUCUCGGCAAUCGCACGGUAUCUUGGGUGAGACACCGGGACAUACAUUUGUUAACAGUUGGUCGUUAUACUUACACAAGUGAUCAACGCUUCGAGGCUCAACAUUUUCCACACACGGAGGAAUGGACUUUGAGAAUUCGUUAUCCACAACGUAAGGACUCGGGUUAUUAUGAGUGCCAAAUAUCAACAACACCGCCCAUUGGACAUCCAGUUUUUCUCACUGUAGUUGAGCCCGUGACCAUUAUAGUAGGAGAGCCCGAUCUUUUUGUGAAUAAAGGCAGCACUAUCAACCUGACCUGCCUCGUCAAAUACGCCCCAGAUCCACCCCCAACGAUGAUUUGGCGUCACAAUAGCGAGGAUAUAAAUUUUGAUUCACCCCGUGGAGGUAUCAGUCUGGUGACUGAAAAGGGUCGUGAAACAUCAAGUCGAUUGAUGAUACAGAAUGCAGUGCCAAGUGACUCUGGUCUAUACACCUGCAAGCCGAGUAAUGCAAAUCCGAAUAGUAUAAAAGUUCACGUUGUCAAAGAGGAGCAUCCAGCUGCAAUGCAUCACGGAGCCAGUGUGAAUUUACACACCGACUUGAGAUUUCUUUUGUUCUUAACUACGAUAGCAACUAAGAUUCUAUUCAUAUGAGAUCCAUUACCUGCAUAAAUCUGAAUUACCGGUGAGGUUGAAGUUCAGUCGGUCGUAAAUAUUUCUGGCUUUGAGGUGUAUGAAAAGAAUAAAAAUCAAGGCGAUGAGAAUAAUUUUUUCAGCAGGGUAAAAUCUACUAUUACCAUUUCUAUUGUACUAUUGUGACCAAGAAAAAUUAUUUCUUCGCGUAUCAAGUACACGGCACAAUGAUUUAUAAAGAUGUAGUAUUUUGUUAAAGUCCAAGUUUCAAAUCUAACAUUUAAAAACGUCAUGAAAUCGUCAUCGAGAAUACAACUACCGAAUAAUUGUAAAUAAAAUAAUUGUAUGUACAUAUCAAUAAAUCCAAUGUCUUUGAUAUAA